UCUACAAAACCUGAGAGUCCUGAUUCAUGUCGAAUUUUGUAAGACACAGAACUCGUUCAUGUUCUACUCGAUUGCACGCGCUUUGUGACGUCAGCGAAUGUUUGGAUUUUAAUUCUAUUACACGGCGUUUUAACAAAUGUGAUCGUGUUAAAGCAGUUUUACAGAAGAACAACGGGAAGAAGAACACAAAGCUGCUGUGAGACUCAGCGCAAACUAACGGAAGUGUAGAUAAUAACAUACAGGAUUAUAGUGUACAGAAAAAUGGACCAUGUCAGUGCAGCUAAAGUGAAGUCCUGGGUCAGCAUGAAGCUGCAGGAACUGAGGGAUGAGAUGUAUGAAGAGAUCCAACAGAAUUGUGAUGAACUGAACAAGGAGUGGACCAAACGCGAACAACUCCAGAAACAGCAGCUCUGCACUCUUCUUCAGAUGAACAAACACAGGAGAGAGUGGGUAAUCAAGAACCUCUUCAAAUUCAACCCCUCUGUGAAUGGUGGAGAUGCUCUUCUGUGUGUGGACAAGAGAACAACAGCAGAUGGGAGGAGAUGCCAGGAGGAGGAAGCACAGUUCUGCACAGUGCAAAGGACAGAGGAUAGAAGAAAAAGGUCCAAGAAUAACAUGAACCAGGACCUGGAGGAGAAAGAAAGAUGGAAGGGAGAGAUGGAAAGACAGCAGGCUAAACAAAGGAAAGAAAGGGAUGAAAUGAAAAGUAUGGAGGAAGAAAAAAGAAAGCAGGAACAGAGUAAGAGACUGCAGGUGGAGCAAAAGAAGGAACAGAAGAAAGUAUUCAGAGACAGACAGAUGGAGGAUCAAGAGGAGAUGAGGAAAGCGGAAGAGCAAAAUAGAGCCCUCAGAGAAAAGAGGAUGGAGGAAGAGAGAAAGAAAGAGCUUGAGGAAAAGAGGAAGGAGGAAGAGAGAUUGAGAGAACUGAAGAAAAGGAAGAAAGAAGUUCAGAAAAGAGUAGAGGAGAAAAGCAUUGAGUCUGAAGUAGAGGAUACUGACCUGGAGACUCCAUGGGACACAGAGUCAGAGGAGGAAGAAAGGAUAAGACUGGAUAAAAAGAAAUCAAGGCAAGAGAGGGAUGAAAGACAACAGGAGGAGGAAAAGAAGCAGAAAGAGCUUAAAUGGAAGCUGGAGGAUAAGAGGAAGGGGGAAGAGAGGAAGAGAGAGCUUGAGAAAAAGAGGAAGGAGGAAGAGAGAAAGAGAGCACUCGAGGAAAAGAGGAAGGAGGAACAGAGAAAGAGAGCACUCGAGGAAAAGAGGAAGGAGGAAGAGAGGAAGAGAGAGCUUGAGAAAAAGAGGAAGGAGGAAGAGAGAAAGAGAGCACUCGAGGAAAAGAGGAAGGAGGAAGAGAGAAAGAGAGCACUCGAGGAACAGAGGAAGGAGGAAGAGAGUAAGAGAAAGCUUGAGAAAGAGAGGAAGAAGGAAGAGAGAAAGAGAGCACUCGAGGAAAAGAGAAACGAGGAAGAGAGAAAGAGAGAGUUCAAGGAGAAGAGGAAGGAGGAAGAGAGAAAGAGAGAGCUUGAGGAAAAGAGGAAGGAGGAAGAGAGAUUGAGAGAACUGAAGAAAAGGAAGAAAGAGGUUCAGAAAAAAGUAGAGGAGAAAAGCAUUGAGUCUGAAGUAGAGGAUACUGACCUGGAGACUCCAUGGGACAAAGAGUCAGAGGAGGAAGGAAGGAUAAGACUGGAUAAAAAGAAAUCAAGGCAAGAGAGCGAUGAAAGACAACAGGGGGAGGAAAAGAAGCAGAAAGAACUUGAAUGGAAGCUGAAGGAUAAGAGGAAGGAGGGAGAGAGGAAGAGAGAGCUCAAGGAAAAGAGAAAGGAGGAAGAGAGAAAGAGAGAGCUUGAGGAAAAGAGAAAGGAGGAAGAGAGAAAGAGAGAGCUUGAGGAAAAGAGGAAGGAGGAAGAGAGAAAGAGAGAGCUUGAGGAAAAGAGGAAGGAGGAAGAAAGAAAGAGAGAGCUUGAGGAAAAGAGGAAAACGAAAGUUGCUGAGAAUUCUGAUGUAGAGAAGAGAAAUAAACUGAAAACACAGCAUAAAGAACAGUACAUUAAACUGAUGGAGGAAGUAAAAGUGAUGGAGAAGCAGAAAACUGAAGAUUCCAGGGGGGGGGACAAGGCAUCAGUGAUGAGCAAGUUGAGGGAAAUAGAAAAGGAGAGAAGAAAACGAGAGGAGGAAGAGUGGAAGGCCGGGCUGCAGAGGCUAGAAGAGGACAGGAGAAAAAGUCAGGAGGAGAAAAUGAGGAAAGCUGAGAUGCUUGAAAGAGAAGAGGAGAGAACACAAAGGAUGGAGGGAGAAAAGUUUAAGGCAAAGAUGCAGAAAAAGGAGGAAGAACAAAGGAGACAAAGAGAAGACGAGGAGCAGAAAAGGAUGAUUGAGGAGAGAACAGCGAUGGCAAGAAAAGAGAUACUCAGGAGGGCAGAAGAGCAGAAAAGGCAAAGAGAGCUAGAGCAGGAGCAGGAGAAAAAGAGAGUGAUGGAGAAGGAGGAAAUCAUGACUAGGAUGUUGAAGGAGCAAUGGAACCGAAUCAACUCGGAGAUCAGAGGCACACGAGAGGCAGCGAGUCACGCACAGAAAAGUGAGCAACUGAACCUCAAAGCACCCAAAGCUGAGGAACAGAGUGCUGAGGAAAGUUGUGAGGAGGAAAAGAAAGAGGGGGUCAUGAAGGAAAAGAAGCUUAAGUCAGUCUUAGGAAAUGUGGCAAAGAUGAUGAAGAAGACGUACCAGAAGGUUGUGAACUACGCCCAGAGUGGCACCAACCACUUCGAAGAGUCACGGAGACAAAGCAUGAACAGGUCAAUAGGCAUCACGCUGCAGGAGCUGAUGGACCCUCAGACACGACUGAUGCUCAGCAGUCAGUUAAUGAACGAGAGCAACGACAUGGCUCACAGCAGGGUCACUUUUUAUGCCAGUUAAGGAGCUGCUUUGUGUGUGUGUGUGUGUGUGUGUGUGUGUGUGUGUGUGUGUGUGUGUGUGUGUGUGUGUGUGUGUGUGUGUGUGUGUGUGUGUAUAUGUGUGUGUGUGUGUGUGUGUGUGUGUGUGUGU